AUGAGGCCUUGCCUGCAAGCAGUUCAAGGACGGCGGGCUGCGCUGUCAGCAUGGCUCUGCGGGCUUUCGGCUGCUGUGGGCUUCGCUUCCGCACCGCGUGCUCGGGCGCAGGCACGCUCCAGCAAAGCUGUGCUGCGCGAGAACAGUGAUUUAUCUGUGGCGUUUCCAAUCUGGCAUGGUGGGGAACCCACGCGUGCAGCCACCGAAGAGCUCCUGCAAGCCAGUGGAGGCAAGGCGCCAGCUGGUGCUGAGGCCGAGUGGGCAGGGCUCUGGCGAGUUUCCUAUGCCCCGCACAUACGCACUUUGGGAUCGCUGGCCCUUACGCAGCUGGACGUCUACUACGACAUUGCAGCACCCAAGCCGGGUACAUCCCCAGAGAUCAGAUCCUUCGUGAGAUUUGAGGGACCUUUUGGCCGCGGCUGGCUCAAUGCGGCGGGCACGCUCUCGACACUGGCCACUGAUGAAGUGGAAGUCAACUUUGCUGACUUCUGGAUUGACCUCGACACGCCCCUUCCUCGACCUGCACCUGAUGAUGCGGAUGGCUUGGGGAGCGCCGUGGCGCGUGUCUUCUUCGUGCGGGAUCUAAGCCGCUUCCCUGUCCGGAGCCUUGACCUUGAGAACGGUGUGACCGUCUUCCGCUUCCCUCCCCUCGGUGUGUCUGCAGCAGGGGCGAUCCUGUACAGCUGCGCCAAGCUGCGCUAUUCCAACCUUGCAGAGGACGGCAACUCCUCUGAGAUCGAUUCUCAAGUUGAGCAAAGUUUCUCGAUGACGCCUUUGGCGGUAAGGCUUCACUAG